AAAAAAAUCCUCUAAAGUCCUGCUGUGAUGUGCUUGUGCUGCAGGAGCACACGCUGCACGGCGCAAACGCAUUCCCACUUGGACACCCAAUCCUACUCCACUUGUGUGUGGAACUUCUCUUAAAAGACGUUUUUUUCCUCUCUCUGCAAGAUUGUGGACUAAAAUCUUUUUUUUUUUUUUCUCCGGUUUUCUCCUCCUCCUCCUCCUCCUCUGGUUUCCUGUUACAAAGCCUUGGGAGGGAGUUGCGCUCAGCCAGUUUCUCCGUGCGUGGAGAAACUAAAUGACAGGAUCGUAAGCUUUUCUGCACAAUUUUAUAACAUUUGGAGGCAAAAGAGAAAAGAAGCGACGUUGACGGCGAUGUGGAUUGAUUUAUAACUUCCAAAAAAUCGUUGAUUAACGGAGACGAAAGGGAGGAAGGAUAUUGGAUCCACCGGCGGAGGAAAGCGCACAGCAUCGGAGUCAUAAUAAUCCCAAUAAUAAUCAUCAUCAUAAGGCCGAUGUGACCUUGGUGUGAAUUGAGUCUCCCUGCUGGACGUGUAACAGAGAAAGCUCACAGAGGCACGGGGGAGGAGAAAAGAACAAGUUGCCGGAACCCUUCUGUUCUCCUGAUUCCUUUUUCAUCAUCUGAGUCAGAGUGCAAGCCAUCAAUCGCAACAUUUUCGCCGAAUGGGAGUUCACAUCGGAGCAAUGGGUGGGGUGAAGGUCUUGCUCCUGGUGUUCCUAUUUGGAUUAGAAGUUUCACAAGGUCUCAACUGGAACCCAAUCCCACGCAAGACGGUGCGGUAUCAGGAUACGUUGGACAGCAUGGCGAGGUUCAGCAUCCAGGGAGUAUUCAACUACAGCUUGCUGACUUUGUCGGAGCACGAGAGAGUUUUGUACGUCGGCGCACGCGAGGCGCUGUUUGCUUUGGAUCCCAAUGACAUUAGCAGACAGCUAAGGCCACAGAUUGACUGGCAAGCACCAAUGGAUAAGAAGCGGGAGUGUUUCAUCAAGGGGAAAAGCAACCAGACUGAGUGCUUCAACUACAUCCGUUUUCUACAAAGCUACAACCACACACACCUCUACACGUGUGGCACCUAUGCAUUUCAACCCAAAUGCACCUAUGUGAAUGCAGAUUAUUUCACUCUCAGCCCCACUACCCUGGAAGACGGGAAGGGCAAAUGUCCGUAUGACCCUGCCAAGGGCCACACAGGCCUAAUAGUUGAUAAGGAGCUCUACUCAGCUACGCUCAACAACUUCUUGGGAACGGAGCCAGUCAUACAAAGAAACCUGGGCCAGCAGCACUACAGCAUGAAGACGGAAUACUUGCCUGCCUGGCUCAACGAACCAGACUUUGUGGGUUCAGCCUUGGUUCGAGAAGCAAGCGGCAGCAAAGAAGGAGACGACGACAAAAUCUACUUCUUCUUCAGCGAGCGAGCGCUGGAACUGGACUGUGACACCGAGGUCACUGUGGCGAGAGUGGCUCGAGUUUGCAAGGGUGACCUCGGCGGUACCCGGACACUGCAGAAAAAAUGGACCACCUUCCAAAAAGCCCGUCUGGACUGUUCCCUCCCUGAACGUCACGUCUCCUUCAACAACCUCCGGGCUGUCUUUACACUGCCGGGACAGGACUGGAGGGGUACUACUUUUUUUGGCAUCUUCCAUGCUCAGUGGGGUGACGUGGACGUGUCGGCCGUGUGUCAGUACCAGAUCAGUGAUGUGAAGAAGGUGUUUGAAGGAUCCUACAAGGAAUACAGGGAGUCAUCCCAGAGGUGGGGACGCUACACUGGACCCGUCCCGAACCCACGGCCUGGAUCGUGUAUAACGAACUCAGACAGGGAGAGUGGCUACAACAGCUCUCUGCAGUUACCCGAUGCAACACUCAACUUUGCCAAGAAGCACCCGCUGAUGGAGGACAAAGCACUGGCUCGCCCUCUACUUCUCACCAAGGGUGCCAACUUCACAAGGCUGGUGGUGGAUCGGGUUACUGGUCUGGACCAAAGAGCAUACAACGUUCUCUUCAUUGGCACAGCUCAGGGUUGGAUGCAGAGGGUGGUGAUCCUGGGCUCUGAAGCCCAUGUGAUAGAAGAAAUCCAGCUGUUUGAGACCGCCCAGCCCAUAGACAGCCUGACCAUUUCCCACUCCAAGAAGUACGUGUACAUCGGCUCCAGAUCAGAAGUUCUCCAGUUGCCUUUAGCCAACUGCAGCCGCUAUCAGUCUCAGCCAGACUGUCUGCUCGCCCGAGACCCCUACUGUGCUUGGGACAGUGAGGGCCGAGCCUGUGUGCGCAUUGACCUCCAUCGAGGGUCCACAUCCUCCCUGUCACAAGACCUCAUGCUGGAAAGGUUCAGCCGAGGAAAAGCCAAGUUUGAUAAGCCCGUCUCCAUCCCGAGCCCCGAGCACUCUCGCCUUCGGAACAUCACAGUGGUGGUGGGGUCGGAUAUGGUGCUGCCCUGCCAGCUGAUCUCCAACCUCGCUCAGCCCUUCUGGGUCGUCAAUGACCGUGAGCUCCUUCUUGGUGACCCCGAAGCCGGAGGGCCACGAUUCGACCAAACCCUUAAAGCUCUUGUCGUGCCGGAAGCUGGUCAGAUCCAAGCCGGGCGUUACAUCUGCUAUUCCGAGGAGCAGGGUGUGAAGUUUCAAACGGAGCGCUACCAGGUGGCUGUAGUUGCAAGCGCACCCGUUUUUAUGGAGGCCCGGGCUCCGGAUAGUCGUAUGGGGCUUUUCUGGGUGCUGGUGAUCACGCUCGGCGCGGCGUGUCUGCUGCUCCUGGUGGCGGCGCUUUAUUUACGUAGGAGACUGAAACUAGCUCUUGGAAAGGGGGCUGAUAUGAAACCUCUUGAAAGUACCCUGGUCUAUCCGAUCACUUUACCGAAGGAACCGCCUACUUUUGUGCCCAGCAAAAUGCCCACCGACGAGGACCGUUUCUGGGAAACGGGCGCAAAUUAUUACUACUCAGACGGCUCGCUUAAAAUUGUUCCUGGUCACGCUCUCGGGCCCAAUAGCGUCGGCAGCACGGCGUCACCCAGCGCCAUUCCGGGCCAGCCCAUCCACUCCCCCAGCCGUCUCAGUCUCACCAACAUCCGGGGUUCCGGUAGCAACGGCUACAUCCGGCUGAACCUGAGCACAGCCGGGGAGGAGAGGGCUAGCGGGGCUUGCGCUGGUGGCGGCGGCGGCGGCGGCGUGCUGGGCGGCCUCGGCAUGAGCGGGAACGACUAUUCGAGCCCCUUCAAGGAGGAGCUGAGGCGCACCCUGCAGCAGAGGAGCGUUCUCCCCGAUGCCAAUCCAGAGGAGUCGUCGGUGUAGGCUUUGUCGUUUUUUUUUUUUUGAGGUGGAGAAAAACAAAAACAACCAAACUACCUCGCUCCUUUGGAGGAUGCCUGCUCUGUCUUUUGAGUGACACGUUGUCACCCCCCCCCCCCAAUCCCCCCCAGCGCGCUCUUUCGCUCGCCCUGCCGAUUGCCUGUCUGGCUUCACUGUAGACUUUUAUAGCAUGUUAAAUAUAGACUCCGACACCCUUUAUUCGCUAACAUGCACUCCGAUAAUUAUAAGCCUUGGACUUUCUCUGCUUCCACUGUGCGAUGGCCAUUUGUCCAAACUGUGAUUGAAUGCACCGUAGGCAUGAUAACCCAACAUGGUGGAUGGACGGCGUGAUCUCGAAUUCCGAUAACAAAAAUCCUGUACUUUUGAGACUUUUUUCCCGAUUUUACUGCACUUAAAACAGGAAGCAUGUCUUCCUUUUUUUUGUAUUAAGCGAGCCAAGAGAAGACGAAUUAAUGCUGAAGCAAGACAACAAUCAUACUUUUGUAGGAGGAGCUUAUACGUGGAAAAAAAAAAGAAUGAAAGAAUGAACGCCAUGCUUUGUUUUUUUUCCGCUUUUUAUUCCAAUCCCAGUUUGUUUUUGGAAAUAAGUCAUUUCUCGAUAUUGUUAUGUAUUAUUUCUCGAGCACCACUUCAGUGUUCGUACGCUUUGUCAAGUGACUGAAGUCCUUACAUUCCGAACUGCACCCUGCACGGUGACCUUCAAAAGCACCUUCGACUGUGCAUGAGACGCCACACUUUUUUUUUUUUUUUUUGGAACUCUUUUGUAUAUUUUCCUCGGAAUUGCAUUGAGCAAUAAGACAAAAGAUGCACGCUUUUAUUUCAUUCCGAAGUGGAGUUUGACGGCAAAGACAACAAGCAUGGAGAAUGUAGUUGAACCCUCGCUGUUGAGACUGCUGUGGAUUUUAAAAAAAAAAAAAAAAAGUGCUUUAUGUUGUCUUAUGUUUGAUGACCUUGCACCGCAAAGAGGGAAAACUGCCACGCUUAAUGCUUUGAAUGUCAACAAUCCCGGACUAGUUUUUUUGUGACAGGACUUCAUGAGUCCUUGCUUAUAUUAUAUUUUGCCGACAUGGCGGUGAAGGAAUACGUGAAGGACUGGGUCUCGCUCCCAUGCUGACAGGGUGCACAUGAAAAAAGGUGGUGUUAAAUGGAUUGUAUUGGCUCUCUUUGUUUGGUCGGUUCACUCGAUGUUUGUCUUUUUUCUCUCUUUACGUUUUAUCCAAACAGGGUGGUUUUUAUUUUCGGGAUGUGUGGGAAUGGACUCCGGAGAGCAACACAAGAAGAAAACAAAAGAGAAAAAAAAAAUGUGUUAAUAACCCACUGUGGCUUAGAAAAUGUUUGGAGUAUAUCGUUAAUGAGGUACUUCCAACACUCUAAUGUUGCAUGACCAACAGUACAUAUUUCAUUAUCAUUGUACAAAUACAUACUUUUUGAUUGAGCAUUUUUGGAAUUUUAAAUAUGAAGUUGUACAGGAUUUCAUAUCAUGGCUGCGUUCAAUGUUUACUUUUUUGGAUAAGCCAAAAUAGACUGCAGAAGUUAUUAUUUAAUUUGACAAUUUUUUUUUUCUGAUUCAGAUAAAUGUUAAAAACUCAGCUGUCCGUCCAUUUUGUGCAUAUUUUAUCUACAGUUUAAAAAAAAAAAAAAAAAAGUGAGUAAUGGAGUUCUUGUGUCCUGUUUACAUGUCAGUGAUCUCCUUCAUUUAAUUUCUUCAAUCUUCAAGAUUGAUAUACCAAAACUAUUCAGUGUCAUUUCUUCUUUAAAAUAGUUCAGUGGAAAAUAUGUGUGCACUUCAUAGGAUUAUAAUUAUCCUGACAAUGAAGGUAAAACACAUUAAUACACAUUAAUACACUGGUACUUGGUCAUGUCUUUUUUUUUUUUUUUUUUCAGUUUUUCCUUCCAUUAUAAGGCUUUACUUUCUCAGCAGUUUGCAAAAAAAAAAAAAAAAAAUACAGCUGACAAAAGAACUAUAGGUCCUAUGUUUGGGGCAAAAAUGCAUGUGUGAUGUAACUUCUGUGCAAUGAUUUGAUGCUUUCACAUUUGUUGGUCACAAAAUCCAUCGUUCAAGGCUUUAAAAUUGUGCUGUUUUAUCGAGCUUUUUUCAUUUUGUGUUGACAUCGGUUUUGAAUAUCUUAUUGAUCUUUUAUGUUUGUUCUGAAAGUAAUGUUAAGUAACUUAUUUCUUGUACAAACAUGUUGAUAUUUAUUAUCACUGUACAUAGGCCCUUAUUUUUUAUAUGUGUGUAUAUACAUAUAUACACAAAUAAAAAUGAUCUACUUGAGUAGUGUGUGGGGUUUCUUUCCUUAAAUAAUGCAAAUGAUAAUGUUGUCAGGGCUGCACGGUGGUCGAGUGGUUAGCGUGUAGGCCUCACAGCUAGGAGACCAGAGUU